GGCUGCGCUUGCUAUUACCGAACCAGCUUCAAAAUGGCGGACCCAUACGCUCUUUUGCCGGUACUACACCUCGAUAACACGCUUGGGGCAGCGUACAUUGGGAAUAUACUUGCAGCGAUUCUGUACGGUCUCACUAGCAUCCAGACUUAUAUAUUCUUCGAUCGUUACAAAGAUGGUCGCACCCUACGCUCCCUAGUGUUGUUUUUGUGGGCGCUAGACACUGUGCACCUUGCCCUGAUCUGCGACACCAUCUACUACUAUGCCAUAACCAACUUCUCCAACCCCCUGGCAAUGGUAUCGGUUACCAAAACCAUAAUGGUCCACGUCAUGUUCACGGGUGUCAGCGAUGCCAUAGUCAGAGGGAUCUUCAUGUAUAGGGUCUGGUUAGUCAGCCAAGGCAAGCGGCUCCUGUUUCUUGCUAUUCUUCUGCCGUCUCUUGUCUGCUUCGCUGGCAGCAUUGGGUUUGCCAUCCGAGGUCUCCAGAUCGGAACGUACGCAGGAAUUGCAGACAUCUCGUGGAUCUUGUACACGGCGUUCGGCACAGGUGUUGUUGCAGACGCGGCUAUCGCGGCGGCUCUCUGUUACUUCCUCGCAAAGCGGCGAACAGGUAUCCAACGGACGGACUCGAUUGUCCAGAUGCUGAUCGUCUACAGCGUCAACACUGGUGUCUUGACAAGUCUGUGUGCCAUGUGCGUGCUGGUCGCGUACGCAACAAUGCCAGGGAACUUCAUAUUCAUUUCCUUCUACUUCGUGCUGCCUAAGCUGUUUCUGAACUCCCUCCUGAGUACGCUGAACGCCCGCGAGAAACUGCGCGGCAUUGGUGGUUCAGGGGCUGCCGCCCCCAUUCCUCUGAACGCAAUGGUCCGUUCAAACAACUCAUCUAAGCAGCCCGCGAGCGGGGUCAGCGAUGAUCGGCAUCUUGCGAUCCAGAUCCAGACGGCGGUGGACACGAUAACGGACUCGGCCCACAGCCUUACAGAGAAGAAAUGGGCGGAGCAAUACCCUUGAUCUAAGUGGGAUACAUUAGCUGCGAGAUUUCCGCGAACAAGAGCUAUCCUGAUACAGUCAUUACUGCUCUCCUAUUUAUAACUUGCUACAGUCAUUACUCGUUACAGUCAUUACCCGUUACAGUCAUUACUUGUUACAGUCGUUACUGCUCUCCUAUUUAUACUGGGGGAAAAAUCCCGCUAUACUACACAUCACCGUUCCUUGAUAAUUGUUGUGUUAUACCGGGGAAAGAAGCGAGUACGCAUUUUUCCCGGGAGGCGACGAAGAGACGAAAUAAGGUGUUUAGACACCGAUAGGUUGUCCUGCCGUGCAGAGGGGAAACAUAGUCGCUCACCAAACAGAUCAGUGACGACGGCUGAGGCGUGUGCGUUCGAGGAGCCGCACAGAGCUAGUACUGUACUAUACUCGCGGCUGAUGAUCAGGUUGCGGACUUGAGUGAAG